AUGGUCAGUGAUGAUUAUACCCAAUCAAGAGUUGUACGUUUCUCUGGCUCAAAAGAGAAACAAACCAUUCAGUUUGAUAGUGAAGGUAAACCUCUGUAUUCAUCUGCUAACCUUAAAUACAUCAGUGAGAACAGGAACCUGGAUAUCUGUGUGGCUGAUCGUGGAGUCUGUGCAGUAGUGGUGGUUAAUCAGGCAGGAAAACUCCUAUUUAGAUACACUGGCCUCUCUACUAUCAUGGGACCAUUAAGACCAUACGGCAUCACAACAGACAGCCGGAGUCAGAUCUUGACAACAGACUUUUACAAUCACCGUAUCUACAUCCUAGAUCAGGAUUCAAGCAAUUCCUCCGUUACAUUGAUAACUAUGAUCUACAAUAUCCAUAUGGUUUAUGUGUAG